CUAGUCUGGAGGUGUGGACUAAGCUGCUGGCUUUGGUGGUGUUUACGUGGACUGUUAUGUUAAACACUUGCUCACUAUCUGCGGCCGGAGCAGGUGCUUUGUUAUCUGAUCUAUACAUCACUUGCGCAUUGGACUCAGAAGUCAUCAAAGAACUCAUUGGUGCAUACACCAUUCUCUGUCAAGAGUGAUGGUGCCAUUGAAAUCGUAAUAAAUAGGGUAACAGUUUGAUGUCUCCAGGAGUUGGGCUUGCAUUUUUAAAAUGAGAUUAAUCUUGGUGAUUGAUUCUUGGAGGGCUAUCCCUCUUUAGGCUAGGACUGACUUUAUGCUGUGUCUUGUACAGCACUGAUCUCAUGGUCUGACUCAAAGUCACUGAAGUCAAUAGAGAUGUCAGGAGAUUUUAGCAUUCCUAAGGAAAUGUUAUCAGGCUGUCAUGUUCCCCUGUUGUUGGAGAAUGCCUGAUCAAAGAGAUGACUCUUUUCUGUAGCCACAUCUUCUCACUUUAUAGGCUUAUUCUGAUCCUUGGUGAUAGUGUAUCCUGACGUGGAAGGCCUUUAUGGAGAACUCUCUUCCCCCAGUACUUUAAAGUUUCACCUUUGACUGCCAGCUAUAAUGUCCCUUGAUCACAGUAGCUCAAUCAGCAUAAAGGAUCACUGGUGUGAUAUGGUGUCAUCAUCAGUUUUGAUUAACAUGUAGACCACAGCAUGUUGGCCCAGAUGUAGCUUCUACAUGAUCUUUACGGUCAGUCCAAGAGAGAAUGCUGCAGUAAUCUGGCCUGGAUCUGUCACCCAGCCGCUCAACAUCUAAUUUUAUCAAACAAAAUUACUCACCCAGCCGCUCAACGUCUUGCUGUGUGAAGUAUUUUUCCUUACUACCUCCCAGCCUACUCUCUUAUCAGGUUCCUCUCUCUAAUGACCAGAAAGUGCCAGGCCUGACUCCAUUACUUUGUCCUGUUGCAUUGGUGCUUAUUAGAAUGGUCAAAGCUUGGAAACUUGAUGGUCUCUACAUUGGAGCUAGUUGCUGCCUUCAUUCCAACCCCUUUGCUGUUGCAAUAACUCGCCCUGGGAUGCCAUCAGGUGCUCGAAUGCCCCAUCAGGGGGCUCCAAUGGGUCCCCCAGGCUCACCAUAUGUUGGAAGCCCCUCAGUGCGCCCUGGAAUGCCCCAAACAGUGAUGGAACCAACACGAAAGCGCACAGCACCUCAGCAGGUACAGCAACAGCAGGUGCAACAGCAGGUGCAACAGCAGCAGCAAGCAACUCAGACCCGAACCCGGAGUGCCAAGAGGAGGAAGAUGGCUGACAAAAUUCUCCCUCAGAGGAUCCGGGAGUUGGUUCCUGAGUCCCAGGCCUACAUGGACCUGUUAGCCUUUGAACGCAAACUGGACCAGACCAUUAUGAGGAAGCGGGUGGACAUUCAGGAAGCCCUGAAGAGACCAAUGAAGCAAAAACGGAAACUGAGGCUUUACAUCUCCAACACCUUUAACCCUGCAAAAUCUGAUGCUGAUGACUCUGACGGCAGCAUUGCAUCCUGGGAGCUGCGAGUGGAAGGGAAGCUCCUGGAUGAUAUCAGCAAACAGAAGCGGAAGUUUUCCUCCUUCUUUAAAAGUUUGGUCAUUGAACUGGACAAAGAUCUUUAUGGACCUGACAAUCAUCUGGUGGAGUGGCACAGAACUCCCACUACCCAGGAGACUGAUGGCUUCCAGGUGAAGAGGCCUGGUGAUGUGAGUGUGCGGUGCACACUUCUCCUCAUGUUGGAUUACCAGCCUCCACAGUUUAAAUUGGACCCACGACUGGCCCGUUUGUUGGGAAUACACACACAGACCCGAUCAGCAAUUAUCCAGGCCCUCUGGCAGUACAUCAAAACAAACAAACUGCAAGACUCCCAUGAUAAGGAAUACAUCAACUGUGACAAAUACUUCCAGCAGAUCUUCGACUGUCCACGGCUAAAAUUUUCUGAAAUUCCUCAGAGACUCACUAACCUGCUGCUGCCUCCAGACCCCAUAGUUAUAAACCACAUCAUCAGUGUUGACCCCAAUGACCAGAAAAAGACGGCGUGUUAUGACAUUGACGUGGAAGUUGAAGAUCCCUUAAAAGGACAGAUGAGUAGCUUUCUCCUCUCAACAGCCAAUCAGCAGGAGAUCACAGCACUGGACAACAAGAUUCAUGAGACAAUUGAAUCUAUAAACCAGCUAAAGAUACAACGUGAUUUCAUGCUGAGUUUCUCUAAAGAUCCCAAAGGAUACAUUCAAGAUCUUCUCCGAUCCCAGAGUAGGGAUCUCAAGGUGAUGACUGAUGUGGUUGGGAACCCUGAGGAGGAGCGUAGAGCUGAAUUUUAUCAUGAGCCCUGGUCCCAGGAGGCUGUGAGCAGAUAUUUCUACUGCAAGAUCCAACAGCGCCGGCAGGAACUGGAACAGUCUCUGGGAGUGCGUAACACAUAAACUUUAUUUACAGUCUCCCAUUGGCAUCAUGAACCUAGAGCCAGUGGACGUCUAAGUGUUACUUAGCUCACUGUUACACAUGGACUUGCUUAAUGACUGGACAAGAAUGUGCCAUCAGCAACACCAGUCAUAACACCAGCUUUAGUGUGACCCCUGAAAAUCCUGCUAAUGUGAGUGUCUCAAACCAUUCCAGGCCGGAGAGGGCGCAAGAUUUCUAUUCCCCAUAGAGGUGUCCAUAUUAAUAAGGAUUAAAUGUUCAUCCAUCUACUUGCAUCAUUGAGUUUUAGUAGAAAGUUCAGACACUACACAGCAAACUUAUUGGACUAUACCAUAUAUUCAUGGGUGCGGGGGGGAUGCUAGAUGUUACAGGAGACUGUGGAUGUGGAGAAACAAAGGCAGUUCUCAUUCUUCAUGGUUUCAGCUGUGAUCUGAGAGUCUCCUAUGACAACUUUCUGCACUGAUAAUUCCCUGAAAAUGGACAAAAUGUUCUACCAGCUGUGGAAUCAUUCAGUUACCCAAACACAGCUUCCAUUCCAACUGGAACUGACCAAGGGGCUGUCCUCCCCCAUGGGAGAGAAAGAUUUCUGUCCAUUAAGUGACAAAACAUCUAAAAGGAAGAGGUACAGUCAGGCCGUUCAUUCUGCAAGACCUUGUCCCCUUGAGUGAAAGAUGGAGUGAAGUCCGUUUCACCACACAAGCCAAGAACUCAUCAUGAUGCUCAAAUCUGCGAUGCUGAGACGAAUAUAACUGCCUCUAUGAUAAGAAAACUGCCAGUGGCAUCAUUGGAGCCAGUAGUGGUUAGGUUGGAGCCAAAAGGAAGCAUUCUGGAAAAGUGGAAACGACCUAGUGGUGCUUUGUGUUUAUUACUGCUUUAGCUACAGUUAGUAUUACUGGAAGGCUAAAAUGUAAGGUAUCUGAUUUUAUUACCUUUGUGCUGUGCUGGCUGUAACAUAAGGAACAGUGCUCAAGAGAUGUUUCCUCCUGAUCACUGAAGUGCUGCAGAGUCCAAGAUGUGCAACUUCAUAGCAUGUAAGAAAAUUGCAGUGACUUCUCUUCUCUGACUCCAUGGAUGAACCCUAUGUUUCAACCACAGAUGUAGAACCUAUACCAGAAAAAACUUUCAGCCCGUUUAUUUAAUCUGUAACUGUACUUCAGGAUGCUGCUGGGUUACAAGCACUAUCUGCCACAAUCAAGUUCCAGCAGUAGAGAUUGAGAACUCCUAGAAAAAACAACUUCCCUCGAGAAGUAUAGGAGAUCCAGGCUAUGAAAAUUACAACCUAUUAAACAGCCAAGAGGCAGGGAGUAGUGGCACAUGCCCACCCCUUGAACACUGAAUCUAUGUUGCACCCAGGUCAGUCUGUAAUAAUAACCCAACAUGAUUCCCAGCCCAAAAAGCAGUUGCCAAAGUUGAAUGAAUGACAUAUUGAUGAUUGAUAAAUCAAACUCCUCUUCUGGGAUACUCCUACUUGCAUCCUUUUCUUCACUCUCAUGCAAGGAAAAAUAAGUUCAGGUUUGUAGUGCACUGUUCUUCUCAACAAUGUAGUUUGUUUUAAUAUUGCUAUCUCCUCCUCUGUCAUCUUUGCAGGUCUUCCCUGUUGGGGAAUUGUCCUCUUCUGGUGUACUCCUGAGUUUCCUUUGUCCAAUUCUGGAAGGGGACAUCCAUGCCUCUUCAUUUAACCUCUCUGCUUUUGUAUACCAUAGUUUUCACUCUGACCAUUGUGUUCAGAGACCUGUUUGAGCAUUUGAAUUUGGAUUGUGAUGAUGUACCAGUCAGUACUAUCUUAUAAAUUAAUUUGGUGUGAGACAGAUCCCUGCUUUGUCCUGGAUAGUGAGGCCUUUUAUUGUAAAUGGGGGAGCACGCUCCUCAAUGCUUGGGCUAAACCGUCUCAAUGUUAAAACCACUCCAGUCCUGCAGUCUUAAGCUAAGGCUAGAGUGGGAAUGUGAGGUUCCUGGGAUGUGAAAGAUAUUCAGCUCUCAUUUACUCCAUUAACCUGACCACAGGCAAAACAUUCUGAGGGGAAACAGAGUGAGUUAUCUGCAACUGUGCUUCCAUAUUUAUUAGGCUGCUGUAUCAGUUGUGUGCAUGCUGUCCAGUGUGUAGGCUCUUUUCAGCACAUGUUAAACAGAGCAGCUACAUUUAGAGGAUGGGUUCAGUCUCCAGUAGUAAGAAAUACAUAAAUAAUACUUGUUUGUUUGUUUGUGUGAGGAAAGGAAGAGCAGGGGCUGGGGCAUAGGUAUGCAGCACAUAGAAUCAUAGAAUAACAGAGUUGGAAGGGACCUCUGGAGGCCAUCUAGUCCAACCCCCUGCCCAGAGCAGGACCAAUCCCAACUAAAUCAUACCAGCCAGGGCUUUGUCAAGCCUGACCUUAAAAACUUCUAAGGAAGGGGAUUCCACCACCUCCCUAGGUAACGCAUUCCAGUGUUUCACCACCCUCCUAGUGAAAAAGUUUUUCCUAAUAUCUAACCUAAACCUCCCCCACUGCAACUUGAGACCAUUACUCCUUGUCCUGUCAUCUGCUAUCACUGAGAAUAGUCUAGAUCCAUCCUCUUUGGAUCCACCUUUCAGGUAGUUAAAAGCAGCUAUCAAAUCCCCCCUCAUUCUUCUCUUCCGUAGACUAAACAAUCCCAGCUCCCUCAGCCUCUCCUCAUAAGUCAUGUGUUCCAGUCCCCUAAUCAUUUUUGUUGCCCUUCGCUGGACUCUCUCCAAUUUUUCCAUAUCCUUCUUGUAGUGUGGGGCCCAAAACUGGACACAGUACUCCAGAUGAGGCCUCACCAAUGUCGAAUAGAGGGGAACGAUCAUGUCUCUCGAUCUGCUGGCAGAGAACAUGUGCCAGAGAACUUUAGAUUAGGUAAAUUUUCCCCUUCAGGUGCCAGAUGAUCGUGUGUUGAGAUUCCAGCUGUGCUGCCUCCUCUAAUAAGAGAAGAUGGAGUGGUAACAGCCCGUCUUCCUUAUACAAGUCUGACACAGUCCAGGAUUUAAUUGGACAUUUCUAUUGCCCCAUGUCUGUACUUUCACGUCAGGUUAUUCAGAAUCUCCAUUAGUGUUGUUGCUUCCAACUUACAUAUUUCUACCACUGCAGUAUGUUACUGCCAUAGACUAACUAGGGAUAACACUGAAUGUAUCCAGCUAGAGGUUGUAUUCUCAGAGUCUCCCCCAAUGUAGUCCAGAAUUAUAUUCCCCAAUGAUUAUUCUUAAGAGUGGCUGACAGCUAUCUCCCUUGGCUAAAUUGAGUAUGGGAGUUUGAUUUUUAUCAUUGUUUAGAAACAGUCCUGCACCUAGUCUUUUACCGAGGAAGUAAAGAGAGAAACAGUCCCUUGUAUUAUGGCUGUACAGCCAGGAGGAGCCUGAGCCAGUACUGUAAGCAAGAAGGAAAAUUGCAUGUAGGGAGAAACAAUACAGCAGGAUUGGGUAGAAGCCGAACAGCACUGUAAUCAUGGCAGAAUUUGAAAAAUAAACUAAAUUGAAUUAACUUAAUUAAUGGAUAGAAGAUGUUAGGAAGGCUCUGGGGAAAGCUCUCAGCAGAUGAUGAAAGAGGCAAAUCCUGCCUGGUGCAGGAAAAAGGGCCUACAUGGACUAAAAGAUCCCUUCUGGCUAUUCUAUUUUGAUGCUGUAGGACAACACAAAUCUAUGCAGGGUGCAACAAAGGAAUCUAGCAUCUGUCAGAGAAAGGGGGUAGAUAACAGCAUAUAGGUCCAUAUCUAUAUAUAUAUGGUGUAAACUAGAACCUAUAGCAGAUGACUGGAAAAGGUUUAGUGCAGAAUCCAUGGUGUUCCAAUGCAUGGGGACAAGGAAGGUGCAUCUUGGAGUUGAACUGUGAAAUUGGCAGGUUUGUAACACUCUUUUAGUUAUCCCUACUUUGCACAGUGGGUAAGGAUUGCCACAGAGGCAAUGGUUCCUAGAAAGUACAGAAUGAAAAGACCUAUUUGGCCAUCUAGGCAGUUCCCGCAAAUGAGUGGUGGAAUUCAGCGGUGAGAAGACAUGGAGCAGAGAGCACUUGAAGUGCCAUUAAAUCAUAGCACAGACUAAUCAAUGCAAUACCAUUUGGAUAUAGCACAGUCUAUGUAAUUCAGUCUGCUCACUGUGUGUAUGCAAGUAUAAAUAUAUAUGUGGAAUAACCAAGUGAGACAGCCAGUCUGAUAACUGCUGUGUAGGCUGGAAAAGGGGUAGGCAGGGCACAGCCUAAUAGUCUGUCAUAAACCUUGUCUGAAUUAUGGAUAUUGUAGAAAAAAUUUUCACCAUUACUAACACUGGUUCAGAUGAAACUCAUAGUAUUGGCCAUUCUAGUGCAGAAAGCACUCCAGCUGCCAAAACUGAUUGUAGCACCGUGUUUAGAAUCGUGCCUUGCAGCAUUGGAUGGCAGAGUCCUGGUGCAGCUUGUGAGUCACCUACAACAGAAUGCCGUUGUUAAUACUUGUGCAGUCAAGACUAGUUAGGUUUCUUUCUGUUAAGAGCUCUUCCACAUGCAGUGAAAGCAGUUGAGGGCAAAGCAGACUGUUUUCCUGAAGAGUGUUUCCUCCUUUCUUGUAACUGCUCUGUUCUUCAGUGAGCUGCAUCUGGUCCAUCAGAUCUUACCUUGUAUGACAAACAGCUUUGCCAAUCUUAUUCAGGAAUGGAACUCCAUAACUUUGUGUGUGUGUUUGUGUGUGUAUGGGGGGGGGGCACAGAGAGUGACAAGAGAAAGCAAGAUUUCCUCUACUGUGUAGCCACCAUAUCUUUGUUGUAUGAUGCAGAGUGAUUCGUAGAAAAGCUUUUAACAAUAAAUAAUUUGUUCCUUUGUAA